ACCUCCAGCCUUUAUAUCCAGCCCCGGUCCUAUUUCCUUUUGCAUCUGCAGCCAUUCACUUCCCUGUAGACAAACAGCAUCAUAUACAGUUCUCAGUAUGUCUGAAGGAAAUUCACAGAUAAUCUCCAAGCCGAUAAAGCUGAUUGCUGCUGCUUGUAACAAUAUGGGAAUCGGAUGGAAAGGCAACUUACCGUGGAAUUUACCAAAGGAAUUCCAGUAUUUGUUAGACACGAUAACGACAGUAAAACAACCAGGAAAGAAAAAUCUUAUUGUUUGGGGCCGACGGUCAUUUGAGACAUUCGAUGAAAAACUAUUACCUCUGGCAAACACUAUUAUUGUGAUUCUUACCAGGCAGCUGAGUGAAUUGCCAAAAUAUGCUGAUUACAUUUGCUGUGAUGAAGAAGAAGUUGUGAAUCUUGCUUCAAGUUCGACUCUCUGUAAUGAAAUAGAAACUAUAUGGGUACUAGGAGGAGUGGAGAGUUAUUCAAACAUGAUGAAACACCCUUGGUGUAACCAUAUAUACUUCACACACAUUAUGGCAGAUUUUGAAUGUGAUACCUUCUUUCCAGAGUUUGACAAGAACAUCUUCAAAUUAAAAGAAGAAUAUCCAGGCAUUCCAGCUGGAAUUCAGGAAGAAAAAGGAGUAAAAUACAUAUUUCAAGUCUAUAAAAAAGAUCAACCCCCAAACAGUAAAUGAUUUCUAUACUGAAAUAGAUCACAAAGUAAAAGUCAUCUCACUUCCUAGAAUAUUAAAGUACCAAAAUUGUUUUA